UAAACUUUCCUGCAUAAGCUUUGAGGGUAAAAGGCACAGCUCCAAGGCUUUGGCUCUAUCGACCAAACAAUCCGUUGCGUUGCCUUGAAUACCUCCAGCUAUCUUGAGGCAAAGGCAAUCCCAGUUCCAGUCAUUUGUCGUGGCUGCAAAAAAAGAGCGAAAAGUGUUGGUUAAAAAUGGAUUUUAUAUUCAAAAAGGAACGACGUUCCUUUGGGGCACGCGUGCACUUUGAGGACAAGGAUGAGGUGGUGUUCAGCGAGAACUCCAAUCCGGAGCUUGUGAAGAGUUUCAUACUGAAGAAUCCGGUGGACAGGGUUACACAAUAUGCGGGCCAGACCUCGCUGAGCGUGGCCAAUACGGAGCGGGCCACGUACAAGAGCACCGGGAUAACGCACAAUGAGGGCGGCUGGCCGAAGGACGUCAACAUGCACGACCCAGAGCAGACGGUGCGCUACAAGCGCAAGAUCGAAAAGGACGAGAACUACAUCACGCAGGUGAUGAACCUGACCAAGCCCAUGGAGCACUACAUACACCAGAAUAACGCAGUGAACAUCUACGAGAAUUACUUUGAGAACUUGGACCCAGCACCGCUGCCGGAGCCGUGCAAGUCGCGCACUGUCAAUGUCUACCGCGAUCCGAAUCCCAUCAAGGUGCCGGUGAAGCAUCUGUCUUGGUCACCGGAUGGCGGCAUUAAGAUGGCUGCGUCCCACUGUGACAUGAAGUUUCAGGGCGAAAAGAUCGGACAGAAGUGCAACUCGUACAUUUGGGAGGUGGAAAAUCCCAACGAGCCCUUCCUGACGCUGGAGCCAAAGGUUCCCUGCGUGUGUCUCGAGUACAACCAGAAGGAUCCGACCAGCCUGGUCAGUGGAAUGUACAACGGCCAGGUGGCGGCCUGGGACACGCGGCACGGCAAGCAUCCGGUGAUGAUUAGCGAGCGAGAGGUGUGCCAUCGCGAUCCGGUCAACUCAGUGCUGUGGAACAACUCGAAGAGUGGCACCGAAUUCUUCUCCGGCGGCUCCGAUGGUCAGGUGUUGUGGUGGGACACACGGAAGCUCAGCGAGCCCCUCGAUCGGCUGCUCAUGGAUCCAGUGAAAAGCGACGAACAGGAUCUGUCGCGGUCCUACGGCAUCUCGGUGUUGGAGUACGAGACCACGAUACCCACGAGAUUCAUGGCGGGCACCGAAAUGGGCAUGUUGUUCUCGUGCAAUCGCAAGGGCAAAACGCCCACAGAGAAGAUCCAAAUAAGGAUGAUGUGCCACUUGGGACCCGUGUAUGCCAUCACCCGGAAUCCGGCAUUUGUGAAGAACUUCCUCACGGUGGGCGAUUGGUGUGCGCGUAUCUGGUCCGAGGACUGCCGCGAGAGUUCGAUUAUUUGGACCAAGAGCAGUAGCUCCAUGCUCACCGAUGGUGCCUGGAGCUAUACAAAGGUAUCGCAGUUCUUCAUUACACGCAUGGACGGUGUGCUGGACACGUGGGAUCUGCUGCAGCAGCAAAACGAGCCAAUUCUGACUGUGAAGGUGUGCGAUGAGCCGCUCUACUGUGUGCGGACCAACGAGAAUGGAAAAUUCGUCAGUUGUGGCAGCAAACUGGGCGCCACGUUCCUAAUCGAGGUCUCCGACAAUAUGGUUAUGUCGGCCAAGAACGACAAACCUCUGCUGACAGCGAUGUUCGAGCGGGAGAACCGUCGCGAGAAAAUCCUGGAGGCCAAGUCGCGGGAGAGCAAGCUGAAAGUGAAGGCAAACCAUGGUCAGGAUCAGGCAGACAUUACUAUGCUCAAUGGAAAGAUCAAUAUGGCACCCUUUGCCAGUGCCUGCGAGCAGGCGGCCAGUGAAUACUUUGCCGCUGUGGAACAGGAACGUUUGCGACGGCUGCCCGGUGGAAAGCGUAGAGGAUGCGGAGGAGGCUGAUGUGUCGGAAGCGGAAAGCUCAAAGCUAUAAAUGUAAACCACUUUAAAUAUAUCCAUUGAAAC